GAACGCGAGCGAACCGUCGAAGAACACGCGCACUUCUCAAGAACAACAAGUAUUAAGUCGCUUGCGAUACAGGGCUAGGUCCUCAAGUGUCGUUGCGCUACCGGAAAUGGAAGCCAAAAAAGUACCCGGCACGAACCCCGCACAGCUUCGCGACUGGUUUGCGGCGGUUUUUCCUGACCUAGGAGUGGUGCCGAAAGGAGGUUUCAAGGUGGCCAGCCUCACCGGCUCUCUCAGCCUAAGCCUGCUAUUUGCGGGCGGCAUAUACUACCUCAGCACACGGUAUGACAACAUGCGCUCGGGAGAGGCCAGCGGAGGAGACGACAAGGCCCGGUGAUGAGGCCUUGGGCGCUGCGCAUUGGCGGAGCUGUUAGCAAAUGGGGCGGAGCACCGGAGAGGACAGAAUGGAUGAGACGGGAAGGCCGGUGGGCUAUGCAAAGCGUUGCGCGCAUAGCGUUGCGCGCGCCGUGUGGCACAUAUUGUGGCGAUGACAUGGCAUACGGUAGACUGUCGUGUAUUGUAUAACCCCUGUGGGGGUUGUGUGUGUGUUGCAGAGUUGUAGGUGAGGCCCGAACGGGAAUACCGUACAUGCGCGUACAUGGCAGCACGCGUACAUGGAAAGAUGAACGUGUAUGGGGGAAUUAGAUUGAGUUCGAAGGUUAUGAAGUUACUGAUUUUACGGAGGCGGGGUGGGACUGGGGGCGGGCAUGAUCGCGCAGGUGGCUAACGGUGUGCAAGGGUGCCGCAGCUCCGAACGACACGGACUGGGGGUUCCGGAUGUCACGGAUGCAACGAACGUUUACCCAGUUUUACGGUCCCACAAUUUGUGAUGCCAACAGGGUUGGGCCGUGUCAGACGAGGAUAGGUUAUCUGUCUGCGCUGUGAACACCGCGCUUGGAGGAUCCCGAAUUCUGAGUCGGCACUUCAUACAAUUACGUUCCGUUGUGUCUUUGCAUGGUGUGUAAUGACCCUGAGGU